UUGCGGCUGGUUUAUAAUUGAUUAAAUGGCUCCAAAAUUUGGAGUCAGAUUGCAAGAAAAGUGUUGUUUUGUAUGCAUGUAAGUACAUACAUGCGUAGGUGGUGUGUUUGGUGUGGGCGCGAUCUAACCUUCAAUUAAAAAAGGCAAAGGUGUCACACAAUGUCCGCAAAAGGCAAAAACAGAAAUAGACACACCAGAAAGCGUCAUGUCGUUGGAAAGGAGGAAAAGUAUCGCCAGGAAAGGGAUAAAUCAGACAAGGAAGAUUCUGAGCCAGAACAGGAAUGGCCACUUGGUUUUACUGUAGCAAUGUGGGAUCUCGAACAGUGUGAUCCUAAAAAGUGUUCAGGCAAAAAGCUGUCAAGGCAUGGGCUGAUGAAGACUCUCAAACUAGGAGCUAGAUUUCCUGGUCUUGUUUUGACUCCAAUGGGAACUAAGUGUGUUAGCCCAGAAGACAAACACAUCGUCGAAGAUAAUGGCUGUGCAGUGGUGGACUGCAGUUGGGCCAAACUAGACGAUACACCCUUUGAUAGAAUGAAGGCAUCCCAUCCACGACUCUUGCCUUUUCUCGUCGCCGCGAAUCCAAUCAAUUACGGCAAAGCUUGCAAAUUAAGCUGCGUAGAAGCAAUAGCUGCCACGUUGAUCAUCACAGGCUUCCCAGAAGAGGCAGACCUCUAUCUGAAUAAAUUUUCCUGGGGCCACUCUUUUCUUAAACUCAAUGCUGAGCUGUUGGAAAGUUAUGCUGCGUGCACGACCAGCGAGGAGAUUAUAGCUGCACAAACAAAGUUUUUGGUUAAGGCACAGCAAGAAAGGGAAGACAGACUGGCUAUGCCAGAUUUUCCGCCAUCAGAGAGCGAAUCAGAAGAUGAUGAGAAAGAUGAAGAUAAUGCCACGACUAGUAAAGAAAGUAGCAAAGAGGCUGAAAAGGUAUUAGCAGCAGAUAGCAAAAAUACAAAUGAAACAGAGACAGAAGAGAUGCAUAGAGAAAAUUUGACGGAUAUUAACGAGGGAGUCGUAUGAUAGCGGUUUUAAUUUUUUACUUGUUGGAUUCUUGCUGAUGUAAAUAUAUUCUAAUUUUGUUCAUAUUGUAACAAAUCAUGUUGAGAUUAUAUAUUAAUUUAUAUUAGUGUUUAUACGCGAUCUUUGAAGGAAAACUGAUACAUAAAAACGUACAUCUCAAAAUACGAUUUGUAUUUAUUCAUUUAUUGGACUGUAUUGACUAUGACCGUAAAAUGAGCUCAUAAAAGUUUUUCAAUACAAACCAAAAUUACUUUAUGCCAUUUAAUUGAA